AUAUAGAUAGAUAGGAGUACACUGCGUAGGAGACAGCAAGAGGGCGAGGCUGUGUGUGAGAGAGGGGGAGGCAGAGAACAUUCGGCAGUGUGAGAAUCGGAAUCGGAGAUGGCUUGGAAUGGCCGCUUCGGCGACGACGAGGAGGGGAGCGGCCUUGAGCUCAGCCUUAGCCUCCCGGGCUACUUCUCCGGAUCGCCAACCCAAGCUGCAGCAGGUUUCGAGGACAAAGCAGACGGCGGCUCUGCUGCUGCUGCUGCUGCUGGGCGAGCAAAGGGAAGCAAUGGCUUCAAGGCCAGGCCGGCGGCAGCUGCUCCGGUCGUGGGAUGGCCGCCAGUGCGCGCGUUCCGGCGGAACCUCGCCUCGGCGUCCUCCAAGCCGUCCCGCGAUCCGCCACCAAGCCACAGAGGAAACGAGUCCGCGAGCGUCGGCGCCGGCGGCAAGGCCGUCGAGGGCGGCAACAAGGGCCUGUUCGUCAAGGUCAACAUGGACGGCGUGCCCAUCGGCCGGAAGCUCGACCUGGGCGGCCACGCCGGCUACGACACGCUAACCGCCGCCGUCGACCACCUCUUCCGCGGCCUCCUCUCCGCUCAAACGUCGGGACCAGGCGGCGAGCGGCAGGCGGUCGCGGGGAUCCUGAACGGUGGCGGCGAGUACACGCUGGUGUACGAGGACGACGAGGGAGACCAGAUGCUGGUCGGGGACGUGCCGUGGCAGAUGUUCGCCGCCACCGCCAGGCGUCUGCGCGUGCUGCGGAGCUCCGAUCUCAACCCCUCGUCGCUAAGGGCAGCGACCAGGAAGAGAGCUGCAGCUUAGUGCUGCGCUGGCGUACCCUGGAGUCUCAACUCUGAACAUUUUGCGGCCUUUUCGGAGGGCCACCAAUGUAAAAUUGAAGCGGUUUUUCGUGGAUUUUUGUUACCAUUACCAUCAUGUAUGUGAUCAAGUAGGGAAGCAGGAAUCUAGAGGAGAUGAGUGGUG